GCGUGUUUAGUUUGCAUAUAAAAAUUACAGACAUAACACGAGAUAACCCUAGAAAGAUCUCUUCAAUCUUCAUCUCUCUGGUUCGAUCAUUUCCGACAAAGUCAAGUGAAAUGGCGUCCUUUAAGCUUAUGUCUUCUUCCAAUUCCGAUCUCUCUCGUCGUAACUCUUCUUCUGCUUCAUCUUCCCCUUCUAUUAGAUCAUCGAACCAUCUCCGACCAAAUCUUCACGCCGAUCAAUCCAGAAUCAGUUUCGCUUACGGCGGUGGCAGCGAUUACACUUUCGCCUCUGAUUCGAAGCCGUUAGAUAUGGCGAUUGAUCUUGGAGAUCGGAACAGCGUUAACAACGGUAAGAGUGUGGACGACGUUUGGAAAGAGAUUGUAUCUGGAGAGCAGAGGAGGAUCUUGAUGAAAGAGGAGGCACAGGAAGAUGUAACAAUGACGCUUGAGGAUUUUCUAGCGAAAGCAGCAAUGGAUGAUGACGCAGCAAACAUUGACUCAGAUGGAAUUGAUGUGAAGAUUCCGCCGGAGAGACUUAACAACGACGGUAGCUAUACAUUCGAUUUUCCGAUGAUGUCUCAGCCGCAGCCGCAGCGACACAGUUCGUUUCAGAUGAUUGAAGGAUCAAUGGGUGGAGGAGGAAUGAGGGGAAAAAGAGGGAGAGUGAUGAUGGAGGCGAUGGAUAAAGCUACAGCUCAGAGACAGAAGAGGAUGAUCAAGAACCGUGAAUCUGCGGCUAGGUCCAGAGAGAGGAAGCAGGCUUAUCAAGUUGAGUUAGAGACUUUGGCUGCCAAGUUGGAGGAAGAGAAUGAGCAGCUUUUGAAGGAGAUUGAAGAGACCACUAAAGAGAGAUACAAGAAGCUUAUGGAGGUUUUGAUUCCAGUCGAUGAGAACCCAAGGCCAUCGUCUCGGUCUUUAAGCAGAAGCCAUUCUUUGGAAUGGUGAAGGGUGGUCACUUGCAGAUUCUAGUGGUAAGACAUAUAUAUACUUUUGUAUGUGGAUAAAUAAAACCUAUGGGCUUGAUUACUAUAUUGUAAUCUAUAUAGUAAAGUGAUGGUGAUAUGGUUAGUACUUAGUUUACUUUUAAAUGUCUCUCAGGUAUGUAAUGGAGAAUACAUAUAGCUUUUGCUGGUUUAUAGAUAUUGUAUGGACCAGACCAGAGGGAUAUAUUCC